AAACACAAAAAAUCAGCUGAUUGAUUCGUAGACUAUUUUAAAUCAAAAUUGUGAUUAUUUUUCAAUAUGUUCAAUUGUUGGUUUUGAAUUUAAAUUUUGAUUUGUGAAAUUUGUUUUGCUUCUCGAGAAAGAUCCUUCAGUGACACUCAACUAGGAAGUUUAUUUUAGAAAAUCUUAUCAGAUGUUUAUCUUUCUUGCAAGAUAAUUUUAUCUAAUUAUUUUACAAAUGUCCACAAAAGUUACUCAAAGAAAAAAGGAAAAAAGGAAUUCGCCUGCUAUCGAAGAGAAGGCUAAAAAGCGAGGGAAUCAAAGUUCAUUAAAAUGGCUUUAUGUUGUUGUGACAUCGUUAUGUUUACUCGGACUUUACUACGUUAACCGAUCGUCUCAUAAUGACACUAAGAGAUUAAGUGGACUGAAUUUCUCUAAAAGAUGGGGUACUUUUAGAAGUGGUGUUUAUUUUGGCCUUAAACGUAAUGAACCAUCUUCGGUGGUCUCUGGGAUGAUGUGGUUCAAAAAUGUUCUUAAUGAUGAUAACUCAGUCCCAUUGAGACACUGGUGUUCAAAGUUUGACCCGGUAACUUAUUAUUGGAAAAAGCAUGACUUUGACUCAUUUGGAGUUCAAGAGAUUAAGGACAGUGAACUUAUCCUUAAGCAAGAAGUACUUUUUCGAGAGGAUGGAUGGAUAGCCAGAAUUAACUUGAACACGUCAACGGGAUCAUUUGAUGAAUAUGUUUCAGUGAUUCUUUAUCUGGCAACCGAAGCUGAUGGUGAUUUAAUAACAUUAACAACUCCAAAAUCAGCUCUAAAACGAAGCAAAAAAAUCGAUUUUGAAGGCAACUUAAUUAAUCUAGAGAAUUUUCUAUCUCGUAUAGAAUUUUCAGACUCAAAAGCAAUAGUACAUAUCGAAGAUUUCAGGGUUCAUAUGCAUCCGCCACUAAUGUUCUUCCAAGAGCACAUAUUACAGAAUCUUGGAAUAAUCAGAGCCCCAGAUGGAGGUCGUCUCAUCGUUCUUCGUGACCCAAAGGCUAAACAAAAAGGAGAACCUAAUUUUGUUGCUGUUCAACUAGUCAUUAGUAAACCAGUCGAAUUGUUUUUCUAUUUAAGGGAAAACUCUGAUCCAUAUUUAUUUGACUCAUGGAAAAAUCGAUUCGAUGGUGAUUUACUCGAAAAAAUCUAUCACUUUGAUGCUGAUUUCGCUGAUGUAUUUCAACUUCGUCAAAAAAAUUAUAAUGAUGCUCAAAUCGAUUUUGCUAAAUCAAUUUUAAGUAAUAUGCUUGGCUCAAUCGGCUAUUUCUAUGGUCACUCAUUUAUAAAAAACGGGUCCUCUAAGCCAGAACCUUAUGGUCCUCUUGAAUUGGUUUCUGCUGUUCCAUCUCGAUCAUAUUUCCCGAGAGGAUUUCUAUGGGAUGAAGGAUUUCACCAACUCUUGAUUGCUAAAAUAAAACCUGAACUAAGUCGGGCUAUGAUCAAGAACUGGCUCAAUUUGAUGGACAAAAAUGGUUGGAUUCCUAGGGAAGUUAUCUUAGGAUUUGAGGCCAUGUCUCGUGUUCCUAAUGAAUUCAUUGUCCAGGAUAUUUCAAAUGCAAAUCCUCCUAGUCUAUUUCUACCUUUAGAGUUUCUAUUUGACUCGGGAAAACUAGAGAAAGGUUAUUUAAAAUCAAUUUAUCCAUUACUGGAAAGGUGGUAUGGAUGGUUCAAUACUUCACAAGUUGGAUAUAAGCCGGGUACUUAUCGUUGGAGAGGUCGUGAUCCCAAAAUAAUUGAUAAACUUAAUCCUUUAACAUUAACUUCAGGUCUAGAUGAUUAUCCUCGAGCUUCGCAUCCUAGUGACAAAGAAAUUCAUCUUGAUCUCCGAUGUUGGAUGACUUUAGCAAGUCGUAUUUUGUACAAGAUUGGUAAAUUUAUUGAGGCACCGUCAGCAAUUAAAUAUGAACAAGCAUACAACUUUCUAAGAGACAAUAGACUUCUAGACGAAACUCAUUGGUCUGAAGAAAAUGAAAUGUACUGUGAUUUUGGUUUACAUUCCAACAGAGUUGAGCUCGAAAAAGUAAAUGGUUUACCGAAAAGAAUUGUUCUUGAAAAGCCGAUAUAUCAAUGUGUUCCUGAACUUGGAUACAUCAGUUUAUUUCCAAUGUUGCUUAAUUUACUAGAUCCAGAUAAUCCUAGACUUGAUGCUAUUUUGUCAGCAGUCGAAAACACAGAUCAUCUAUGGAGUCCUUUUGGUCUUCGUUCUAUCUCAACUAAGAGUCGUUACUACCUCAAGUGGAAUACUUUUACGGACCCACCUUAUUGGAGAGGUCCUAUUUGGAUCAAUAUAAACUUUUUGGCUUUGAAAUCUCUCAAAUACUAUUCACAAGUUGACGGUCCAUACAAAGAACGUGCCAAAUCUUUACACGACAAAUUGAGAGAUAAUCUAGUUAACAAUAUUUUUCGCGAAUUUGAACGAACUAAUUUUAUUUGGGAACAUUAUAAUGACACUUCUGGAGAAGGUGGAGGUGUUCACCCCUUCACUGGAUGGUCUGCUUUAGUAAUUUUGAUAAUGUCUGAUAGGUAUUGAUCUUAUUUCAGACAAUACCUGUUUUGUAUAACAAUAAAAAUGUAUUUUGUUGAUAAAUUUAAACAAAU